AGUAAAGUUGCAAACAACCUGCCGCGGCAGGAACUUUGUGAGCUGCUCCAGCUGCAUGUGCUCAAGGUGCCUUUGAUGUACGUGCAGCAGCUUCUGGAAAGUGGACUGCAGCUUUCCCACCCGCCAGCCCUCCCUCUCCCCAACCCUUCCCAGCCUCCCCUCCCACCACCGCCACUUCAGCCCGCACACGCAAUUUGUUUGAGAAGAAAAAAAAAAAAAAAGUGAUGAACGAGAAGUGGUGAAUUACCCAAGCGACUUUCCUCAAAGAGCGAGCGAGCCGGGGAGAGGAGCCGGGGCGAGCCCCGCGCUCGCAGCGCCGGGAGGGACCCGCGGGGCUGCCGGGCUGCGAACGCGGCUCCGCAGCGAGAUGCAAAAAGCCUCAUCUGCUUGCGUUUGACUUGCGAUGCCGGCUCCUCACUAGAAUGCAAACCCUUGCACAGGAUGAAAACAGGUCAUUCUUCCAGAAUGCCAGAGGAAAGUUCACCAAAGCGGAGUCCUCAAAACAUCCCAUACAAGGAUCUGCCCCAUAUCAUCAAUGCUGAUGGGCAGUACCUCUUCUGCAGGUAUUGGAAGCCAGAAGCAUCUCCCAGGGCCCUGGUGUUCAUCGCCCACGGCGCUGGGGAGCACUGCGGCCGCUACGAUGACUUGGCCCAGAAGCUGACAGGACUCAACUUGUUUGUGUUUGCCCAUGACCAUGUUGGCCACGGGCAGAGCGAGGGUGAUCGGAUGGUUGUCUCAGAUUUCCACGUCUUCAUCAGGGACAGCUUGCAGCACAUUGAUCUCAUGAAGAAGGAGCACCCCAAACUGCCUGUUCUCAUCCUGGGGCACUCCAUGGGAGGAGCCAUCUCCAUUCUGACAGCUAGUGAGCGACCCAGUGAGUUUUCAGGCAUGCUGUUAAUCUCUCCUUUGGUGGUAGCCAGCCCAGAAGUCGCCACUCCCAUCAAGGUUUUUGCAGCAAAAGUGCUCAACUUUGUGCUCCCAAACCUAUCACUGGGGUCCAUAGAUCCAAGUGCAAUUUCCCGGAACAAGAAAGAGAUGGAGUCUUACACAUCUGAUCCCUUGGUGUACCACGGUGGCAUGAAGGUGUCCUUUGUCAUCCAGCUGAUGAACGCCAUAGCCAGAAUCGAGCGAGCGCUGCCCAAGCUGACCCUGCCCAUCCUGGUGCUACACGGCUCCUCCGACAAGCUCUGCGACAUCAGGGGCUCCUACCUGCUCAUGGACACCGUGCAGAGCCAGGACAAAACACUCAAGGUGUAUGAGGAAGCCUAUCAUGCCCUCCACAAAGAGCUGCCUGAGGUCUCUACCUCUGUCUUCACAGAAAUACUGACAUGGAUUGGCCAGAAGGUCUCAGCAGCUGGGGAAACCAGCCAUACUUAAGAGCAAUUGCAUUUUGCAGCUCUUACUGGGGUUUUCUAGGAAUAGAUGUUUUUCUUACUAGAAAUCUCUUGGGAAAAGAUCUAACAUGGAGGGAUUCUUGGAAUAUUUUAUCACACACAGCUUAAGGGAGGGUGGGGGGAGAGGCACAGGGUGGGGCAUUAUUUGCUGAUGUAAAUGGCCACUGCCCUAAUCUGGAGAAGAGUUGAUAGCUGUGGGAUGCCCCUCACCCACCAAACUUUCUCCACAGCUUCCCCUUCUCUGCUUUCGCUGUGGUGACUGGGGUGUGUUUAUACUGCAAUAAUUAUUGGUAUGUAAAAGAAAUCAGUAUCUUCCACUUCAUGGUUUUGAUGCCAGGUGUGUCCCUUGUCCCCACCAUCCAGCACCUUAAAAACCCUGGUCCUUGAGAGGAGAGCACUAACAAAGGUGCUGGGUGAUGAGGAGAGGCUAAAGAUGGAGCUGACAGCUCCCUGAAGGUGAAAGGCUGAUUUUCAAGAUCAGACCCUUUUGGAUACUACCUUUUUAAGCAGACCAGGCCAGAGGAUAGAGAUGCCUCCCCCACCACCCUGCACAUCCUCUGCGAGUUUGCACUUGGGGAAAGCAUGUUGAACAGUGCUUUCAUUUUCAUCAUCCAGGCAGGAUCCCAGAGGGAAGAGCAGGAAUGUGGAAUCAAACCCACUUAGCACAUUCAAUUCCCCUGCUUUUCCCCAUGUCAAACCCCAUCUGCAAGAUUAACUAUUCUGUAAAU